GCACGUCCCUAAUAAACAAACAUAGUUUGCCAAUCUGUCACAAUGAGCCCCCGUAUUAAACCUCAUCUAAUUCUCUCACUCCUCCCUUCUCCCCAUCUCUCCGGCCAAUUCUUUCCCUUUUCUCUCUCUACCCUCCGCCGCACGAUUGAUCGUCAUCCGAAACCCGCUGCCGCCGUAACUCUCUCUCUCUCGUCACCUUUUUGCCACAAUUCCGGCCAUGGACCGCCGUGUUCGUACAAACCCAUUUGUCUCCGAGCAAGAAGAUCCCGAACCCACGUCGGACGAUGGCCUCCCGCUGGAGUCACCCUCCGACGGCAAUGACUCCAAGCUCGCCGCCGGCCCCGCCCCCAAAAAGAGUAGAAGGGGCGUGCAGAAGCGAGUGGUGUCAGUACCGAUCGGCGACGUGGACGGUCCUAAGAGCAAAGGGGAAGCAUAUCCACCGUCGGAUUCGUGGGCAUGGAGGAAAUACGGCCAAAAGCCCAUCAAAGGUUCUCCUUAUCCCAGGGGAUAUUACCGAUGUAGUAGCUCCAAGGGCUGCCCCGCAAGAAAGCAAGUAGAGAGAAGCCGUGUGGACCCCACCAAGCUCGUUAUCACCUACGCUUUCGACCACAACCACCAACUCCCGGCCGCCAAAUCUCACCACCACCACCACCACCACCAUUCUUCGCCGUCUCCCGCCGCGAUCACCGCCGCUUCCGCCGCCGCCGACGACUCGUCCCCUGGGAGCACUACGACGUCGUCCUCCACGUCCUCCGGCGACCACACGAACAUGACCCCCACGUCGCCGUCUCCGGCGGCCAAGUUCGAGGAGGCGGCGGCGGUCUUCGCGAGUCAGCCGGAGCUGGAACUCGGCGGCGACUCGCUGCUUAUUAAACCCUGCCUCGGGGAUUUCGGGUGGUUGGCUGACGUGGCGUACGAUAGGAUCCUCGAGGGCCCGAUUUGCGGGGGAGGCGACAUCUUCGACGACGCCGACGUCAUGGUUUUGUCCACCAGAGUGGAUGACGUGGACGAGUCGUUAUUCGCGGAUCUUGGGGAAUUACCCGAAGGCUCCGUGAUUUUCGGCCGGAGAGCGGUCCACACGGAUGGACCGAACCGGACGCGUGGCAGAGUUUUAAACUGCUAGUUUUAGGCUUUGGUUCAUUUGUUUACAGGAGGAACAGAACCGUACACUUUCUUUCGCUUUUUGGCUCCACUUUGCAAUUGCCAAUUGGUGAUUACUUUGGGCACUUUACCAACGGAGAAAAGAGAGAAAGAGAGGAUUUUUCUAUAAUAUUUUACUUUUUUUUCCCUUUUUUUUUAAUUUUUAAAUUUAGUUUUGAAAUGGAUUCGAUGGGUUUCUGUUGUACAGUGAAAACUAGUCAAGAAUAUUGAGAAAUAAUGAAAUGCUGUUUCCUUUGGGGUUGA